GGGAUCGAGUGACUCACCUGUUUCCGGACUUCUGCCCAAUCGUCUUACACGCCUCAGCCCCGGGGUUAUCGGGCAAUGACAUCGAACCCAACAUUGGCCACCCAGCCUGCCAGCCCACGAUGACUCUCUAACUUGCAAAUCUGCAGCACUGCGGCCGUUGAUGAUUCAUUUCCCAUCGCUUUUACCGUUUUGAUGCCAGCUACGCUUUAUAAACUACCCUUCUCUUCUCUUGUCUUCGAGAAGAAUCCCUUUAACUCCAUCUUCACCGAGACCCUCUCACGCUACCAUCCUAGGCGCCUUGCGCGUGGCCAUCCUUUACGCCCUUGUAUUCGCAUGACAAAGCUUUUGCUUUACGUGUUCACAACUUCUGUAUUACAAUAACCUAAUCUAUUAGAUUUCCUUAUAAACCGCUCAUCAUGCCAACGGUGUCAUCAUCAGCAGCUGGUGCUAGUGCUAGCGAGCAAUUACUUCUAUCUAGUCCUGGUACGACCAGUAUCGGACAAGGAGGUUGUCUGGAUCAAGAAUUGAGUUUUCGGCAAGGAGCCUUUAAGCACGGUCGGGCCCGCAAGCCUACUCGGGUCAGCAAAAGUCGCGCCCGACGCCGCAAACCUCUCCCAUCACGUUCGGCAUGGGGGUAUGGUGACGAGGAUGACCGCCGUUUGGCGGCCGAUUCUUCCGUCGUACUACCUAGCGACCGCUGCACCAAGAAGCCUCGGCUCGAGCGCCAAGAAGCUUUUCGUGAGCCGAACACACAAUUCUUUCAUUCGGACGUAGUCGACGACGACGCAGAACUGUAUAAGCUGGGUCUCCUGUACGACGACGAACACAUGCGCGGCUCCCGUUUCAACUUGGACACUAUUGUUCACUCGGAGCCCCUAUACUCAAUUCGCCCAGCAAAACGAGCGAGGAAGCACCGUCGGGACACCUCAUAUCUGCACCUGGACUUGUCUUUCGCCUCGCUAGGUUCGGAUGCGGAUCUUCAACACUAUCUAGUUCCCGACCUGGCCUUACUUACUCCCCCUCCCGAAAACGCCCCACAGACUGACGGAGCCCAUGAGCGUGGCAUCACAACGGCCCGAUCAUACAGGGAUGCGGCCUUAUCGACCAUUCCCGAGCUCCCGGAGAGCUCGGUCCACUCAUUAGAAGCACUCAUCGCGAAGAGAAAUUGGUUCCCCGAUUUGAUUCCCGAUAUGGAGACAGACGAAGAAGAAGCAGAGAACGAAGAUGGUCAGGACUGGGCAGUGCUAGAGGCUACGGAUAUUCUAAGCACUGCCGAUAUCGACACCGACGUUUUGACGGAAGAAGCCAUGGACGCGGACGCGGCCUCGGCCACCGACGAAGCCUGGAUUGUGUUGGGGGGCGGCUCGUAGCAGAUCCGCAUCGGAGACCCCCGAAUGCCCUCGGGUCUCGACCGAAGAUCGCAGCCUCGCCUGCGCGGAUUGGCCCUCACUUACCCCAGCACAUUCAGGCGUCGGCGUAUU